AAUAAUUUAUAAAAUAACAUGAACUUGUUAAGAAAAUUUUGUUAAAUCUACUUGCGUUUAUUAAGAUUCAAACAGACUUAACCAUCAUGUGACAUUUUGUAGACAUUGGUUAAAAAUCUAAACUAAAAUAAUGCAAAAAAUGCAAUGAGGUUAAGGUUUACUUUAGCUAAUAGUUAAUUAAACAAUAAGCUAACCCGUGAUUGGGUUGAAUUUUAGCCAAAAAUUUAAAACAAUUGUUGAACUUUCUCCUUAUAUUUAAAGUUUCUGAGGUCAGGGUUUGAUCUGUUUGUUUUUCGCUUUAAUGAGAAAAAACAGGUGGUUUUACCUUUGAAAAAAAGGAAGGUUUGUAAAUAGGCAAAAGAUGUUCGGGGGGAGGGGGGGCAGACAGAGGGAUGCAGGGAGCGAGGGGUAAGGCUAAAAAGUAAGGGAGGGGGUAACUACAAAUAGUCUGGGGCAGUGUCCUCCGCUUUAGUGCUCUGCUGCAACCCCCAACAGGUUCUCUGUGUCCUCCAACAUGGCCUCCUACAGCUCCUCUGCUCAGAGCGCCUCCUCCUACCGCCGUACCUUCGGCCAAGGCACAUACGCCUCACCCUCUCUCAAUCGUUCAAUGUUGGGCCACAGUGGUGGCAGCGGAGGACAUGUCACCUCUAGAGUAUACGAGGUGACUCGCACCAGGGCUGCACCAGCGUACCGUGUGUCCUCCAGCUACUAUGGAGGUCCACAGACAACUCCAAGGGCCUCUGUCUCACGCUCCUAUGCAGGCAUGGGUGAAACCCUGGACUUCGGCCUGGCUGAUGCCCUAAACCAGGAGUUCCUCACCACCAGAACAAAUGAAAAGGCAGAGCUGCAACACCUGAAUGACCGCUUUGCCAGCUACAUUGAGAAAGUGCGCUUCCUGGAGCAGCAGAACCAGGCACUGACUGUGGAGGUAGAGCGUCUCAGAGGCCGGGAGCCUACCCGCAUCGCUGACUUGUAUGAAGAGGAGAUGAACGAACUGAGGAGGCAGGUGGAGAUUCUGACCAAUCAGAGAUCACGUGUGGAGGUGGAGAGGGACAACCUGGUGGAUGACCUGGACAAACUCAAACUCAGACUCCAGGAGGAGAUGCUGCAAAGAGAAGACGCAGAAAAUAACCUGGCUGCAUUCAGAGCAGACGUGGAUGCUGCCACUCUGGCUCGUCUGGAUCUCGAGAGACGCAUUGAGACGCUGCAGGAGGAGAUCGCAUUCCUGAAGAAGAUCCACGAGGAGGAGAUCCGUGAGUUGCAGGCCCAGAUGCAGGAAACCCAGGUUCAGAUCCAGAUGGACAUGUCCAAGCCUGACCUGACGGCUGCACUGAGAGACAUCAGAGCCCAGUAUGAAGGCAUCGCUGCCAAGAAUAUCGCAGAGGCUGAAGACUGGUAUAAAUCUAAGGUGUCUGACCUGAACCAGGCUGUGAGUAAAAACAAUGAGGCUCUGAAACUGGCUCGACAGGAGACCAUGGAGUUCAGACACCAGAUCCAGGCCUACACCUGUGAGAUCGACUCCCUGAAGGGCACUAAUGAGUCUCUGAUGAGACAGAUGAGGGACAUGGAGGACCGUCACGGGCGUGAGGCUGGCAACUUCCAGGACACCAUCGCCCGGCUGGAGGCAGAGAUCGCCAACAUGAAGGAUGAGAUGGCCCGCCACCUCCGUGAAUACCAGGACCUGCUCAAUGUCAAGAUGGCCCUGGAUGUGGAAAUCGCCACCUACAGGAAGCUGCUGGAGGGAGAGGAGAGCAGGAUUGCCUUGCCUUUGCAAAGCUAUUCCACUAUAAAUUUUCGAGAGUCCAGCCCUGAACACCAGCAGCGGGGGGGCUCUGAGAUGCAUUCGAAGAAAACUGUUCUGAUCAAGACCAUCGAGACUCGUGAUGGAGAGGUGGUGAGUGAGUCCACGCAGCACCAACAGGACAUCAUUUAAACCUUUACACAGAUCUGGAGACAACAAGAAUGCAAACACAAGAUCACCGUGUUUGUUCACACAAACACCACAAAUAAUAGUACACAGCCAGAGCCUACAAACUCAUCCUCACCUCCUAUACUGUGGUCGUUUCACUGUAAGGAUUUAAAGAAUUGAUUGCAUCUAAUAUUAUUGAAGCCACAGAGGUAAAGAUCAGGAGAAAAACAGUUCUAAGAAGAGUCCACGCAUAAAUAAUACAAGAACAAAUUAUCUUUAAGUUUGUGACCUAAAUCUACUUUAGUUUGAGGGUGUCCAAAAUAUGGCCCAGGGGUUAAAUGAGGUAGUCAGAGAUUUAGAGGCUCAGUACUACUUUGGUAAAAAAUAAGUAUUUACAGUUUACGGUGUGCAAAAUAUAUUAUUUUUGGUCAUCAGGUCAUUUGGAUCAUUAAUUUCCCUCUUAAAUAUCUUGGAGUGCUUUUGCUCUUUUAGGGUAAAUAUUUAGCUAUCUGCUUCAUUAAUGUUGUUUUUUUUUUUUUUAGUUUUUAGACAUCUUGUUGUGGUGUUGUCCUUUUAACUUAAGCUACUUUUUUGUUUCAGUUGUUUUUAAUUAACUAUUUGACUAGUUGAUGCCUAUAUUUUUCCAAUUUUAAAUUUAUACCUGUUAAAUUUUCAAAUUAAGUUUCUAACCUUUUCUUGUGUUAUGGGCUAACUAACUAGCCGAGAGAAGCUAAAAGUGUUGUUUUCUAAAAACGAUCGCUUGGAUUGACAUUUAAUUUAAAUCUUUUUAUGUAUUUUUAAAAAUACAUUGCAUUUGUACAUCAUUAUAUUUUAGUGUGUCACAGUGGACAGUUAGCCCUCAGGUAUUUUGGCAAUGUUAAACCUGGUUCUUCUGAUUAAGUUCUGUCCUUCUGUUGAAACAUAAUCAAUAUUAAUUCAAUUUGUCAUGAAAGAAUGUGCAAAUUAACAGAAAUAAAAUAAUAACAUUAUAAACAACACAGAUUGAACCUGACCUACAAAGAGGCUGCAAAGUUGGACAAAAAACCAAACAUUAAAUACUCAACAGCCAACCUUUUGUGUUUUGAGCAAAAAUAAGGUGAACUGCAUGUGAUUUUGAUUACAAAAUAGGAUUAGAGAGGGCAAAUGGAGAAAAGAGGAAAGAGAUGAAAGAUGUCUGGAGAUCAAGGAGAUAGAAGAGAGAGACUAGACAAGGUAGAACAGGAGGCAGAGGAGGAGAGAGGAGGAAACAAUAAAAUAAGAGCAAUUAUUCCCCCUUAGUGACUUCCAAAUGAUGUCGGCUAAUAAAACUAAAGCUGAUUAAUGUUCCAGCUAAUUGUCUGGUAUUUCCACUGCGUAAAAAACGAGUCUCAGACCGCGAUGGUGUACAGGCCUUGUAGGAACACAUGCUUUAAUGAUCAUAGUCAUAAUUUUCCAUUUUAAAGUGAGUUACCGGCCUAAAGCGGUGGCAUUGCACUGUCCGUGACAGAAAUAAAUAAAUAACAAAUCAGCAAAGAAGAUACGCUGAGAAAAACGUGUCUCGACAAACGAGAUUCCAAUUACAAAUAAAUGUUUAAAAUAAACGUAAAAUGGUUGCAAAAAAUCUUAAGUGCUCAGUUAUGUACAAGUUUCACAUUGAUGCAUACAGUCUGAAAGGGUGGCGGGUGCGUGGUACUGUUGAAGUGAACAAUCCAUCGGCUGGAGAAAAUCUGUGUUUCCCAAAGGAUAAUAAAUAAAACAAAUACUUUUCCAUUUCAAACUCUCCAACUCAUUUGUUUGCAUGUUUUUUCUCUCCAAUAUAUAAACAGAUAGUUCACAAAGUCUUCACAAGUUGAUUUUCCUCAUUUUGUUGCUACAAAUACUAAUGCGCAUUCGUACCUGGAGGAGUUGUUGUUGAAGGUACAACUUUAUAUAACCACAAAUCCAUGAACUAAGAACUUCUUUGACACCAGGGCUGUCACUUUUCAACCAAAGUGAAGAUAUACAAAAUAGUUGAGGUCGUGGUUAACCAAGUUCAAUUUCAGAAGAUUGAAUCCCUUUUUCGAGACUUUCUAAAUGUCUAAUGUCACAAUAAUAUUAACUGCCUAAACCAGCAAGGGCACUUAGGCAAAAUGACCACAAUCACCCUGUAUAUAUGUUACAAGUACUACAAAACUCCAAUAUAAGUUUCUCUACUUCCUGGCAGACCAGUCAAACAUGCAGGGUUCAGGAGAAGUCAAGGACCCAAAACAACCCCCCCAAAAAAUACACUGCACUGCUAUUGUUGUUCAAGCAGCACACUGAACCCUGGGUAGUUUGUAGAAAGACACAUUCUACCUACUACAGCAACCAAGUUUGGACAAUUUGCCGUUGUUCUUCUCGAUUGACGCCUCUGUGCCUGCGCACUGGAACAUUAUUUAAAUAAACCUGGGCAGAAAUACACAAAAAGACCAUUAUUGACAAUAAUAGGGACAAGUGAAAGAAUUCCGUGACCUACUGGAUUUUGUGUGAAAAUUUGCAAAUUGAUUUUGUGAAAAGUGACAGCCCUAAUUUACACUGACACCUCAUUGUCAUCAUGUUUAAGUUACUUUUACAGGAACACAAAACUGACUGCGUCUUGCUUAUUAGUGACUGUGAUCAGACUCUAGAACAGGACCCAAGUCUUUGUCAAUACCUGAUCUACACAAACCAAAAUCAAUUGUCAGUUUGACAGAUCUAGACAUUCUGUACCAGUGACGUGGUUACCAGAUGUGUUUUAGACGAGCACUUGGAUGAGCUCAGCAGGUGCACAGAAAGUCUGAUAAAUGAAGGCUACUCCAAGACUACUCCAUCUGUGGUUUACCAAGAAAAUGGCCUAAAACCCCAACUAUGGUAUGCAUACCACUUGUGGUACAAGGGCUCCCUCUUGUGGUUCAUGGGGGAUUCUGAUUACCAAUAGACUGGGGUGGGAUGAUACAAUGGUUUACAAAAGGUUUGAUGGUGGGGAAAAAAACAUCUACAGUAAGCGGUUAGAUCAAACAUGUCUGUGUGAAUGGCAGUGAUGAAACUAAACAUGUAACUUAUUCAUAUGGCGGAAAUGUUUUCCUGUUUCAUUACAUCAUUAUGGGGUGCCAGUGUAAAUUAUUUAAAUUCUGCCCUGCUUUUACCUCUAAACUCCCUUCUAAAAUCAACUGUGUAAUCACUUAAAAACAACAAAAAAGCAAGCCAUUAAUGAGAGAUGUGCCAGUAACCCCACUGCUAAAGAUCGGUACAGAUCGAGAGGAACAAGGCACCUGUUUAAAACAGAUUCCCCAGUCCUUGGGAGGGAAUCAAGAAAGUGUUAAAAGUCCUGAAACGUCCAGCACCUGUGAUGCCACAUGGUUUUUCUCCUUAGAAAAGAAUAGAUAAGACAUGUUUCAUAAUUCAAAGAUGUAAUGAAGGUGUUUUUAGUCCAGAUGGCACCAAAAAGUAAAAACAGUUCUCUGGUUUGUGUUGGUCUCUUCAAAGAUCUAAACGCCGGAGCUGCAGCAUCAGGUUGAAAACGAUGGCAGCCAUAGAAACAGCACCCAGAAUAACAGGCAAUGCCAGUUGUUUGGACCUGAGGCAGUUGUUCCCUGAUCUGGUUUGACUUGCGAUGGUAACGUACAGGUCAACCCUUCAGGCUACAGCUGUACCUACUACUAAUGCCUCUGUGCCUGAACAUGGUUCUCACUCCCAUCAGGCGUGUGAAGUUAAAGCUGCAGUAGCCAGAGUGUGUGUUUUUUCUUUAUAUGUAUAUGUUUAUGCAUGCAUCUGUGCAUUUUUUAAAUUUUAAGUGAAAAAAAAAACUGUUUCACAGAUGUUUUUGCAAAACAAUGGCUCCAGUAGGUUUCCAUGAGCAGAUUGGAUCUUUAAAAAAAAUAAUACUUCUUUCAUUAGAAGUGA